AUGUCUCAAGGAUAUAAUAAGCUAUCUUCAGCAGAUGGGAAUAUAUCAAGAAGACUAACGCUUAAUAUAGAUUUCACACAACAGCAAUACGUUGUUCCAGAUAAUGAACAGAAUGCUACAAAACCGGCCAAAAGUGCUCCAGGACAACAACAGCCAGAGGUUGUUCAACCACAGAUACCUAUAGAUAGCACCAACUCACACAUGUUCCAGAUCAAUUUCUAUAGAAAGUUUUUUGAAUUAGACACAAUUACAUUUUUCGAGAAAAUCAAACGGGCAUUGAAUCCAAUCAAUAAGUCGACCUCGGUGAGUGAUGAUGAUGACGACGAGGUAACCGAACUCUACGGUUUUAUCUGGAUCACAGGUACGCUUAUAUUUUUGAUGUUUGUGAGUUCGACUGGAGCAAAUAUUUUGUCGGAGUGGAUCCACUCAGACGACAAGAAAUACGAAUAUAGCUUCGAGCUCCUCACGUUGUCAAUUUCGUUAUUCUACGGCUACAAUAUUUUGGUUCCUCUCAUAUUGUACGUCUCAACGACGUGGGUCUUGAAGUUCCCUCAUAGGCUUUCCUUGACAAAGUUGAUCUCUGUUUAUGGCUACACUAAUAUUUUAUGGUUCCCAAUCACUGCAAUUAAUUUUUUAAUUGUCGUAUUUGUCAAUAACAAGAGUCAUCACUUGGUUUGGAACUUUCUCGAGUGGUUGAUAGUAUUGGUCAGUGGUUUCGUCACUGGUUUGAGUAAUUUGACCAAGUUAAGUCCUAUUAUUAAGAAAAAUUCCUUAGAUUUAACCCAAGAAACGGUUGUGAGUCAAGCAAAUAAGCUCUACAUUGUUAUUAUGGUUCUCCUAGCAAUUGCACACUUAGCCUUCACCAUUUUAGUUAAAAUUAGCUUUUUUGGUAUAUCUGUUUAG